CAAAAGACAUUCAAUCUGCGUCAGUUUCAAUUAAUCUGGUGGGCGAGCUGUGUACAUCGGACCGCAGAGUACUGUGAUGUGUCGCAAUCGAUCAUAGACGGCCUGGAUAUUUUUUUGAGUGCACCAAAUGGCAAUUGCUUUGAAAUUCGAAAAACCGGAUAAUCAAACGCAGUGGGGUUUCCGAUUGGUUGGAGGAGCUGAUUUCGAAACACCAUUGGUCGUCGUCAAGGUACAUGAAAAAAGUUUGGCAGAACAAUUAGGUCUAGAGGAAGGUGAUAUAAUAGUUAGGAUAAAUAAUACACCUACAGCAGGUUUAACCCAUAUUGAAGCUCAUGAACUUUUACUAAGAGCUGGAAAUGAGUUCGAAUUGGGAAUCCGAAGAGGAGACAUUCUAUACUACCAGCAAUGGGUUAAUGAUAUUCAAAACAAUGUUGAAGUAUCUGAAAUAUUGAAAAGUACAUUGCAAGCCGAAGGCAAUCAUCAACAAUUAAUGCAACUUAUAAAUGAAGGUCAAAAUACGGAUACCAAGUUAAUAGAAACUGUCAGAACAAAUAUUGAAGAAGAAUCCUCCGUUUCAGAAAACUUAUCUGGUCAAGAAAAAAUAAUUGAUCCAAUGAAAUUAAUUAAAGAAGGGAAAAAAUGGUCGACAUUUCUCCAAAAACCUGACAACCCAAUAGUCAUAUCGAAAAAGGAAAAGGAUGAAAAAAAAUCGCAAGGUGCGCCUUAUCGCGUUGUUAUAAAAAAACAAAAAAGAAGGGGCGGACCAAGAAGGGUACAAUUUGAAGAAGCAGAUGUAGAAAUAAAGGAAAUUGAAUCAACCACAGUGGAAGAAACUACUGAAAAACAUCAUAUAGAAGAAACAGAAAAGGAAGGAACUGAAAUUCAAGCAUCUGAAAUAGAAGUAGAGCUCAAAGUAACCGAAAAAGAAGAAAUUGAUGUUUAUAUUGAAGAAGGUGAUAAUGCUGUGGAUGACAAUGUAGAAUGUCAUUACGAAGUGGAAGAAGUGGAAGAAACUAUAACUAAAGUCAAAAGUGAAACAGUUUGUGAAUCUUCAUUGUCAUUGGAAGAACAAUUAAUACAAGUUCAAAGGCAAUUGCAGGCCUUAUCUGCAAUACCAUCAGAAAUUCAAGUAACUUUGGAUGCUGUGACGCAACAACUGGCACAAAUUGUUGGGGUUAAUACAAAAUCAGAGGAAGAACAAAGAAAUGACGAAAAUAAUGAAGAAAAUGGGGAAAAUAAUGAAGAAAAUGGGGAAAAUAAUGAAGAAAAUGGGGAAAAUAAUAAAAAAAAUGAAGAAGAAGAAUCUAUACCUGACAAUGAUCAAGCAGAAGGGGACAUUACAGAUGAGGAAGACAAUAAACAAAAUGAAAAUAAUGAAACAGAAAUAAAACAAAGUGAAACAGAAAAUGAAAAAGAAAGUACACAAGCAGUGGAAGAAGUUGUUUCCGAAGAGCCAGAGGAUACAAUGACAGAAGAAGAAAAGGAAGCAAUAAGAAUCGAGCAAGAAAAAGAAGCAAAAAAGCAAAAGGAUAUGGAUAUGCGCCCUAUUCAAAGACCUAUAAUUCUACCAGGUGGUAGAAAAUGGACAGAUGCUGAUGAUGCCUGUCCAAAGGUUCGAAAUCCUAAAAUGACCGACGAAAAAAUCGCUAGCACAAUCGAAACCUAUUCGGAGGUCAUAGUUGGCAAAGCUAAAGGCAUCAACUUUUUAAAAUACACUCCUCCACCAAAGAAUCUGGACUACCUUCAAAGAUCUGAGGUAUACAAGUUGAUUCAUGACCAGGAACCACCUGUUCGAGGUAUCAGCACUAGAAUGGAGAAAAUCAUGUCUGAACAAGAUUACUUACCCCAUGGGGAACCUUAGAAUAGUUAGGUUAUAAAAUCAACAUUUGUUAUAGAUAUUUAAGGUAUAUUUAAUUAUUGGUGUGAAAGAUAAAUAAAUUAUUUCAAUAAUAAAUAUUUUUAAUGUUA